ACCUGGAAAACCCUAACCAUCAGUCUUCACAUACCCUCUGGCUCUCUCUCUGUCUCUCUGCUCGGUGCUCUUGGGUUUCGUCUAUGCUAAGUGAUGGACUAUAGAAACGCCAACACCAACCAUACUUCCAAGCGAAAGAGAGACGACUCUGAACUCCCCCUCGAGAACGGGGGCACCGCCAUCGGUGGCUUCGAUCUCUCCCUCCUCGAAGCCGUCGAAAAGUCUCAGAAUUCCGUUGAAGUUCUUGACCUCCGAACCCUAAAAAAGAUUGUCCUCUCCUUUGAACGCCGCCUCCGCGACAACCUCGAAGCUCGCCUCAAGUACCCCGACCAACCUGAGCGCUUCGCAGAUUCUGAAGUGGAACUUCACGAUGAGAUUGACAAGCUUAAGAUCCUUGCUGGUGGUCCUGAGCUCUACCCGGAGCUGGUGAACCUCAAUACGAUUCCGUCGAUUCUAGGGUUGCUUAGUCAUGAUAAUACAGACAUUGCAAUCGAUGUGGUUGGAUUGCUCCAAGACCUCACUGAUGAAGAUGUACUUGAAGACAAUGAUGAACCGGCUCGGACUCUAGUCGAUUCGUUGAUUGAAAACAAUGCUCUUGAAUUGCUGGUUCAGAAUCUUGGGAGGUUGAAUGAGAGUGACCCAGAUGAGAUGACUGCGAUUUAUAACACUCUUGCUACCAUCGAGAACAUGAUUGAAGUGAAGCCGGCUGUGGCGGAGCUAGUCUGUGAGAGGACCAAGUUGUUGCGGUGGCUAUUGGGGAAAAUCAAGGUUCGAGAGUUUGAUAGCAACAAACAGUACGCUUCGGAGAUUCUUGCGAUUCUGUUGCAGAAUAGUACUGCUAACCAGAAGAGAUUGGGGCAGAUGAAUGGUGUAGAUGUGGUAUUACAGGCGGUUGCCCUUUAUAAGUCUAGGGACCCAAGGACUUCGGACGAGGAGGAAAUGUUGGAGAAUUUGUUUGAUUGUUUAUGUUGUUUGUUGAUGCCAAUGGAGAAUAAGGAGAGGUUUCUGAAUGCGGAGGGUGUUGAGUUGAUGAUUAUUAUCAUGAAACAGAAGAAAUCAGCUUAUGGGUCUGCCAUAAGGGCACUUGAUUUUGCGAUGACGAAAUACCCUCCUGCUUGUGAACGGUUUGUGGAUGUUUUGGGGUUAAAGACUGCAUUUGCUGCUUUCAUGGGUAAGAUUCCCGUAAACAAGAAGAAUAAGAAGGAAAGCUACCAAGAGGAGUUGGAAGAGCGUAUAAUAUCACUUAUUGCAUCUUUAUUUGGUGGGAUUGUGAGGGGUUCAAGAAGGGAAAGGGUGUUAAGUAAGUUUGUGGAAAAUGAAUGUGAGAAGAUAGACCGCCUCAUGGAACUCUUUUUGAGAUAUUCAGAUAGAGUCAAAGCAGAGACUGAGCGGCUAAACCGUCUUGAAUUUGAUGAUUUGGAGAUGGAUGAGGAGGAGCGGUACAAUCGGAAAUUAGAAUCUGGGCUCUACACUCUUCAAUUGAUCGCUGUAAUUCUAGGCCAUGUUUGGUCUUCUGAGCACCCUAGGAUGAGAGCCCGAAUCGAACUACUGCUCAAGCAGCAGAAAUUGACAAAGGACGAUGUGAGGGAUAUUCUCCAGGAAUACCAUGACAACAUUGGUGACCUUGAUGGGCCGGAAGAGAAGGAGCGUGCUCAGUUAAAGAUUCAAAGAUUUAUUGCGGCAUUUUGAGGGUUAUUAUUCUCUGGAACUAGUCCGGGCCCCUUGAGGGAUUGAAGUAAAUAGAUACCUUGUUAACAGUAGUAGCCAAAGCUAUUGGUAUAGUAUCAGUCAGAUAUCAAAAA